AUGAGUCUCGCCUCGUGCCCUUUAGAGGAAGGGCUCGCGUUCGACACGGGGCCGGAGAGCGUCUACGCCGUGCAGGACUAUGCGCUCGCCACGGGCAAGUCGGUGCGCGUGGAGCGCGCGAGCGGCGCGGACCGGCGCAUCGUGUGCUCGUCCGAGCAGCCGUGCGCCUUCUUCGUGCAGAUCUACAGGCAGCGCAUGUCCGACAAGAAGACGUACGGCAAGUGGUACAUCGCGUCGCUGGAGCUGGAGCACUCGGAGACUUGCGACGCAGUGCGCCGCUUCACCACGCGGCAGAUCGCGGGGCUGCCGGCCUUCGUGGAGACCGUGCAGUCUAACCCCAAGGCCUCCAUCGAGGCCCUCCUGGCGACGGUGCUGGAGCGCUAUGGCAUCUCGCUGGAGAAGCAGAUCCGCCUAGUGUACCGAGCCAGAGACCUGGUGCGCAACGGCAAAGCUGCCGUCAGAAGCGCCAUUCUGCCCAGUCAGGACGCGCCGCUGCCGCCGAGGCAGUACGUGCAACGCCGCAUCAAGUCCGCGCAGGAGCCCAAGAAGGUGAAGAACCCGGAGAGGAUGGCGUGGACGCAGACGCUGGUGGAGUCGCUGCUGAUCGAGAGGGUGGUCAAGCACGGGAGGGAGUUCGUCGAGUCCGGGGAGCCGUCGCAGCACCGACAGCUGUGGGAUGUGAUUCGCAGGGACUUCAAUACGAUGCACCAACUGUCCGUCACCGUGACGCAACUGCGAGCCAAGUUCCGGUACUUGCACGAACAGUAUAUCAAAGUUCGCGCUGACGAGGAGGAGGCUGAGAGAGACGCGGAGAAGCUGGUCGUGUACCCGCGCUGUUGGGACAUGCUGGCCGAGUACUUUGGAGAUGAUAUCCCUCAUAGCAGUCCAAGCUUCGAGGUUGAGGAGAAAGAAGAGGGUGGCGUGGCGGAGGCGACGGACUCCCAGGUAGUGAGUGCUUCAACUAGCACGGGGGACAUUGUGGCCGCUCAGUCGGCUUCUGUUCCCUUCGUCCAGUCGGUCCCUCUGCACUCCGUCGCUUUCCAGUCGGUACCUAUGCAAACUGCGUACCAGGCGCUUCCAUUGCAGUCGGUCACCCAGUCGACACCUGUCUACUCUGCGUCUACGCAGGUAGCAGUAUCCCAAUCUCAAGCUUCUGUUGUCAGACAGGAGCCCUCACCUGAGGUAGCUGCCAAAAGGAGAAGGCUGGUUCCUCCAGAAGCUACGGUUGUUCAGCAGGACCCACACAGUACUGUAUCGCACUACGCAAUCGCUUCCAACGCGCCCCCUACUGACGUCGUGGAAAAGCUCGAGAAGAUUCAGAAUACGCAAAACGAGAUGUCCAAAUCUAUGGACGGCAUGAAACAGGUUGUGGAGCAAUCGAACGAGGCCAUUCGCAGUCUGCAGCAAGCACUGAACCAGUCGAACCAAGUUAAUGCGGCGCUGCUGGACUUCCUGAGGCGUCAACCGCCUCCUGCGUCGUAG